CAACGAUCGUCAUAACGCAUGGACCCUUACAAGCUUCUCACCGUCCAACCUCCCCAACUUCAAACCCCAGCCUUCAAACAAAGAUGAACAACUUCGGCGUAAUCGAGCUCGCGACCGCGAAAACAACCCACGCACCAGGAUGGGCGUACGUCCCGGACACGGCGCCCAGCCUAUCCGCCUCCGCCGCGGCGAUCCAGCCCGGCGGGCACCGCAAGCGCGCGGCGCGCAACCAGCACGCGGCCAGCACGAGCGCGCUGUACGCCGACGCCGACGCGCGUCAAGAGGCGAAGCUGCGUCGCGAGAUCGAGGCCCUGGAUAGGGAUAACUACGGGCGCGACGCGAGCAUACCGAUAGCCACCAAGAGCGGCGGGGGGGCAGCGAAGGCGAGCGUUAAGAAGCAUACCCCCAACGUGAGGAAGAUCCUGCAGUCCCAGAAGACGUUCGCGAACCACCUUGAUGACUUCGAUGCGCUGAGCCCUGCGGAUAGGGCUGCUGCGAUGGGGCACGGGGUGGUGGCGGGAAUCGGGACGGGGGCGGGGACGGGGCAGGGAGGAGGGGGGAAGAAGGGGGUGGGUGAGAAGGAGAAGGAGAAGGAGAAAGAGAGGGAAAAGGAGAAAGGGAAGGGUAGGAGACGGAAUAAAUCGACCUCCCGAUCCGCGUCGGUGUCGAAAGCCCCGCCCGCAGCAGCCGUAAAGCAAGAAGACAACGAUAUAGAAAUGCUCGACGCGCCGGCGUCCGACCCAGCCAACCCCAACCCCGACCCAUCCUCCUCCUCUCUCCCACAGCACCACCAACACCCACGCAGCGCGAUCCUAACCCCCCUCCCAGCCUCAGGCUACCCGCCCCCGCACCCGCUCGACACCGACCCCCUCAUAAUCUCGCGCGUGCCGCCGCUGCCCACCGACGAAGAGCUAAAAGCGCUGAUGCGCGCGCCGCCGCUGACGUACGCGGAGGCGCGGGGGCGCUGGACCAACGCCGACGACGGGGAGGAGAGCGGCGGCGCCCGCUGGAGGUACCCCGCGCGCGCGUUCUGCGAGGUGUGCGGGUACUGGGGCCGCGUGCGGUGCCUGAAGUGCGGGGCGCGCGCUUGCGCGCUCGAGUGCCUUGAGACGCAUCGCGAGGAGUGCGUUACUAGGUAUGGGAUAUGAGGGCCUGCCUAGGUACUUACGGUGCUCGAAGGGAGGGGGUGUGUUUGGCUAGGGGGAAAAGGACGUAUAAUCAUAACAUAACAAGGGGUGG